GCUGUGUGGGAUCUUCCUGAUGUCGGAACUACCUGCCCAGGUUGUGCCUGUGUUCCAGGGCGGGCAGCCGACGGAGAGUGCAUCUGAAAACCAUCAAAGCAACUCGUCCGAUCUCACCCGCAGGAGGCUAAGUGAUGACGUCCCUUGUCAAGAAAGGAAUGGCCAAUUUCAGAGUGCCAGCAGACAGACUCAGGAGGAUGAUGAGAGCGAUGAGGAAGAACUGACCCUUAAAUAUGGGGCCAAGCAUGUCAUCAUGCUGUUUGUGCCAGUCACCUUGUGCAUGGUGGUGGUGGUGGCAACAAUCAAAUCAGUGACCUUUUACACACGGAAAGAAGGCCAAUUGUAAGUGUUUCUUUCCCCUUGAGUA